AUGGGUUACCGAUGGUGGGUCCAAGAGCAGUGGACAAAGGACGAAUAUGAGGUACUCUGUGCUGCCGCUGCCGCCACCGCCGUUCUGGUGGGCCUUCUGGCAGUUUGGGACCGCCGGCGCCCGAUAAAGGUGAUCCUCGUUCGCGACCAGCCGAUUACCAUCGACAUGGUCAAAAACCUCGCCAAAGAAGUCUACCUCCAAGCCAAACGCGACGAGGCCGAGGCUGCCGAGGCUGCCAGGGAUACCGCAGCCGGGCAUGCGGCCCUUUCGUCGCUGAGGGAGGCGGGCGAAGCAGCAGCAGCAGCCGAAGUUGCACCGGCGGCGUCAGAGGGGCCCGCGGAGGAGGAGGGGGAGGAGGAGCAAGAAGGCGACAAUAGCCUUGGCAGCUUUGGCGAGGCGAUGCUCGAAAUUCUGGAGCAUUGGGAGGGCUCUACUUAA